GGUUUCUUUGCGGCGCUAAAACGCGAGACGUAAUACGAGACCUUGUCCAUCUAAAUUACGCCGACCAUACAAACUAAAAUCAAACCCUUCUUUGUUCAAUUCUCAAAAACCCAAAUCAAACUGAAGCAUCGGUAAAAAGGGACUUGUGAAAAAUGAGUGAGCUUCCAAUUCAGAAUGUUUCCACUGCCUUGGCUUUGUCAAAGGUGCCAAACAAUGAAGGAUCAGCUGUUGCUGGGCCAGAUUCAAAGCCAAAGAAGAAGAUCUGCUGCGCAUGCCCUGACACUAAGAAACUGAGAGACGAAUGUGUUGUGGAGCAUGGUGAAGAUGCUUGUUCGAAAUGGAUUGAGGCCCAUCUAAGGUGUCUUCGUGCUGAAGGUUUCAAAGUUUGAGAUUUUGUGAACAUGGCAACUCAACUCAAUGGAAGAUCAUACAAUUUUGUAACAGAACCUGUUUAUCUAAGAAAUGUUUAGGGUCUGUGUUUUGUCUUUUAGGUUUUAGGUAAUCAAGAAGUGCAGCUUCUCUUAACAUUCGUAUGAAAACUUGUAUGUUCUCUUAGAUCAGCUUCUAAGAAAAUUCUGGGGUGAUUAACUCCUCUUACAGAAUCAUAGCACACAUCGAUGAGUUACAAUAAGAUUCUUACAUAAGACUUCAAUACUUUUUAAGGUAA